CCUUCAAUGUCACGUUUGUUGUGUGUUAAGCUGGUGGGAAGUAGCUUCGUUUCUGACAGAGAAUUUGUUUCUAAAUGUGUCAAACAUGAAUAAAUUAAAUUGUACAUUAGUUAGUUCUGUUAGUAGCUUGUGCCGACAGCUGUCUGCGUCCCGACAGGCAGGUGGAGGCUCUCUAAACGUGUUUUAUGGCUGUGGCAGCAUCGGGCUGCAGAGAUCACUGUGCACCGGUGCGGUCAGACUGCAGGAGCCCGCAGCAUCCCCCUCUGACUCUGGGAAAACCUCCAGAGACUCCAGCAAUUAUUCUCCACUGAUUGAGCCGGAGAGUUCACUGAGAUGGGGUGGAAAGAAGUUUGAGGAGUUACCAAUCGCUCACAUUAAAGCCACAUACAACAACACACACAUCCAGCUGACGGAGAGCACUGGACUGUCGAUGGUCAGGACGUCCUGCGGAACAGAAGGCUUCAAGAAUAUCAAGAAGUCGACACCCAUCGCUGCUCAGACUGCAGGCAUCUCUGCUGCUACGAAAGCCACAGCGAAGGGAGUGACGUUUGUCCGUGUUGUGGUCAAAGGUAUCGGCCCUGGACGCCUGUCGGCGAUCAAAGGCUUGACGAUGGGAGGCCUGGAGGUGGUGUCGAUCACAGACAACACCCCCGUGCCGCACAACGGAUGCCGCCCGCGCAAAGCCAGGAGGACGUGAUCUCUCCGCCAACCACAAUGCACUGCAACAAAUGGAAGCGGUUGUAUCGUAAUAUGCUAAUAAAGUUGGGU